UUCUGAAUGGACCCCUGAAAUGAGUGACAGGGGGAGCUGGAGCGGAAGGUGGUAGGGCUGCUUGUGGACCUAUCAUAUAUUUUGUUUGGGGGAAAAGAUAUACCAGAACCAUUCAUUUCUUUUUGUUCCUACAAGGAGAAGUUGGAACCUAGAAUUAUGAAAAUCUUAUAGUCAAGGAGCUAUUUCCUCUAGAGGCUGCACUGGUCUUUCACUAGGGAGAACAAAUAUCGAACCCACCUUGAUUGCUUUAAAAAAAAAAAAAUAGGGAGGGGACCUGAGGGUGACUGUUGGGAGAUGGGAGGGAAAAUAAUUCUUCAAAAAAGAAAGUCAGGCUUCUCUCCUCCAGCCUGUGGAAAAUGCACCGAGGACGUUGACAGAGUGUAUUUUUAGGAAACCCAUCCAAACAUACAAGGUAAGAGUAAAUGUGAGAGGGGGAAAAAAAAAGUUGUGGGUUGUAGAAGUUAUCAAGUGGGAUUUGCGGCGCUCUCUGCAGGAAACGCGAGCGGCUCCAGUUCAAAGCCACAUGCACCAACGUGACAUAUAAGCCAUUAAAAUAUCAUCCUGACGGCUCAUUUCUGCUUCAUCAUACAUUCCCUAACUGCUUCCCCGAAAGCUGGAGAAGGAGAAAUGAAGGAUGACCGCCUUGGUGGCACCACAACAGAGGCUUAGUGGGAUUUGUGGUCCGCCCUCAUCCACCCCAAAGUGAUGUGCAGAAAUGAGGUGAUCCGGGCAACAGGUGGAGCAGGGCCCAGUCUCAGAAAAUGAAAUACAAGACUUCCUUGGUGAUGAGGAAACGAUUACGACUUUACAGAAACACCCUGAAAGAAUCGAGUAGCAGCUGUGGACACCAUGGGCCCCAGUUCGCCGCCGCUUCGAACCCCUCGCUAUUUCCGGGCCUUCAUGAGCAACCUCCUCAGGCCUCCCACAGUCGUCCUUUGAACGGACUCCUGCGUCUGGGGCUCCCCGGAGACAUGUUUGCGAGGUCGGAACCCUUUGCACCAGGGCCUACGGACCGCAGCGACACUUUGGCAACAGCUACAGCCCUGCACAGCUAUGGAGGCAUGAACCUGACCGUGAACCUCGCCGCAUCCCAUAGCCCUGGAGCUUUUUUCCGCUAUAUGCGCCAGCCCAUCAAACAGGAGCUCAUCUGCAAGUGGCUAGGCGAUGAUGGCCCAGUAUCCCCGCGCCCCUGCUCCAAAACUUUCAGCACCAUGCACGAGCUGGUCACACACGUCACUGUGGAGCACGUCGGUGGCCCAGAGCAGGCUAACCACAUUUGCUUCUGGGAGGAGUGUCCGCGACAGGGCAAGCCCUUCAAAGCCAAAUACAAACUUGUAAAUCACAUCCGCGUGCAUACGGGCGAGAAGCCCUUCCCUUGUCCUUUCCCAGGGUGUGGGAAAGUCUUUGCUAGAUCAGAAAAUCUCAAAAUACACAAACGAACACAUACAGGAGAGAAGCCCUUCAGAUGUGAGUUCGAGGGCUGUGAGCGGCGUUUCGCCAACAGCAGCGACCGGAAGAAGCAUUCGCACGUACACACAAGCGACAAGCCUUACAUGUGCAAGGUGCGCGGCUGUGACAAGUGCUACACGCACCCCAGCUCUCUGCGAAAGCACAUGAAAGUUCAUGGUCGCUCGCCGCCACCCAGCUCUGGCUACGACUCUGCAAUACCGUCUGCCCUCACCUCUCCCUCGUUAGAAAGCAGCCGCGAGCCCCCGGUAGCCUGCACAACAGCGGUGGCAGUGCGUGGCACAGACAUGAGCGAAUGAUGUUGCUUGCAAGGUAAUCUUGCCCUGCGCAGCUGAGCGCCCGCAUCUUGCGCCUGUGACAUCAAAGGGCUCUCUCUCACAAAGCAGUGUUUCUUCGCCACGGUGCAUCUUCAUGGUAAGUUAGGAUUUCUAUGGCAAUGGGCAAGUCUCACUGAAAUCCUGAAAGGCCGAGCCUGGAGCCCGUCCAGGCUUUUCAUUAAGGACAUAAUAUUUACGUCUAACAGGCCUUUUUUCUUGUGUAUACAAGUAUAUAUUUUUGUUUGACGCGGACUAAAUCAUUUUCAUUUAAUUUCCGGUAAACAAAACCCACGCGAAUGGGCACUUGUUCCCGAUCAUAAUAAAAAUGGAUAAUAAUGCGAGGGAAGAAAAGGGCCGCUUGAAUCGCCGCUCAGCCCUCUUUGUUUCUGCUUUCUGCGGUGAUCAGAGGGCGUAUUUGGGUUUGAUGGCGAGUUUCUAAAGGCGAGGAAAUGGUUUGUAAGGGGGAAAAGAAAAGGAGAAAGGUCCAAUCAAGCUCGGGUUGUUCAAAGAGUCGGGUUUUGGGGUUGAAAGUGUGAGUUUGACGGUGCAUCAGCACGCCGCGUUAGGCUCGCCAUGGAAAUGCGCGCGGGGAGCGGCCGCUUCAAAGGCGGCACACUUCACUGCGGACACUCUAUUAAGAUACAUUUGCGCUGACCUUUGCUUUCAUGCCAUUUAAUACUGUCACUGUGCUCUCCAGUAUACACUUCCUCCCAGGACCUGUCUUGCCAGUGUUUAGGGGUUCACCCUGCACCCUGAUGUAGGGGGCUUUGCUACUCGGGAUUCUUUCAAGAAAGGGAGGAGGAGCCAGACUCUGAGCAUCUUGACCGCGC